CGUUGCUGCGGGGCGGGAGGCUGCGGUUGCGAUGGCGGCAGCGGAGGAGAGCUACCCGCGGAGCUCCAUCGAAGAUGACUUCAACUACGGCAGCAACGUGGCGUCGUCCAGCGUCCACAUCCGCAUGGCUUUUCUACGGAAAGUCUAUGGCAUUCUUUCCCUUCAAGUCCUUCUGACCACAGUCACAUCUGCAGUUUUUCUGUACACUCCUGGAAUGCAGGCAUUUCUUCAUGCAUGGCCUGCCUUGCUUUUCCUGUCUGGCUUGGGAUCUUUGGCUUUAAUUCUGGCACUGAUCUUCUUCAGACACAAGCAUCCUGUGAAUUUGUACUUGCUUUUUGGAGUUACUCUACUGGAAGCAGUGACAGUUGCCUUUGCAGUGAGCUUCUAUGAUUUGGCCAUUGUCCUGCAAGCCUUUAUCCUUACUACUGCUGUAUUUCUUGGACUGACUGCCUAUACCUUGCAGUCAAAGAGAGACUUCAGCAGACUGGGAGGAGGCCUCUUCACUUGUUUGUGGAUUUUGAUCCUCUCUUGUUUCUUGAGGAUGUUUUUCUUCAAUGAGACAGUGGAGCUGGCGUUUGCUGCUGCCGGAGCUCUUCUCUUCUGUGGGUUCAUUAUUUAUGACACUCACUUGUUGAUGCACCGGUUGUCCCCUGAGGAGUACAUAAUUGCUGCCAUCAAUCUCUACUUCGACUUCAUCAACCUGUUCUUAUACCUGCUGCAUUUACUGGAGGCAUUUAACAAAAAAUAGGCCAAGAGUGGUGUGUCAUUUGACUAUAGUUUACACGAAAGUUCAGCAUUUGGGUGAUCUGCAGGCUACGUGGUUCUGUCUCUUAGGGACUGAAUCAAUGUUCUGGGAAUAUUGAUCCUCCUUAGGGGACCCCCUCAA